AUGGGGCCACAUGGUCGUGGGGGCAGAAGCUUUCCAAACCUAAAGAGCCUGUGGCUGGACAAAACUUUGAUCAGCGAGUGGGCUGAUGUGGCGGCUAUUUGUGAGUUGUGUCCAAACUUGGAAUGGCUAUCGCUAUCAAGGACUCGCUUGAAGCCAUGUCCCACGGUCCUUUCUCCUCCAGUUGGGAAGCCGACCAGUGUCUCGGAGUGCUUGGUGCUCAAACCUUUCAUUUGCAAAGUUCGUACCCUCGUUCUCAACAGCACAAGAGUGACCUGGGCGGACUUGCUUGCGCUUGACGGCCUCGGUCUUUUUCCACACCUGGAGCACCUUCACCUGGCACAGAAUGGCUUGGAGGAGGGAAUUCCGCUUGAGCUGAGCAGCGAAGUGGCUGAAUCUCGUCACUUGCCACUACCGAAGCUGCAGUCAUUGGUGCUGGAUAGCAACAAGAUUUCUGACUGGACAGUGCUGCGCCGUGCCAUCGCAGCUUUUCCUUCAUUGCAAGCAUUGCACUUGAACAACAACUUGCUGGGUGAAAGCAUUGAAGGUCUUGCCGCGGCUGCGGCAGACCAAACUCCACGACGCCUUACGGGUCUCUUCUUGAAUGAGAACAAACUAGCAUCGUGGCGCAGCAUCGGGGCAUUGGCCAACUAUGCGCUGCUGGAGUUAAAGGUGCAAAGGAUACCACUCACUGACUCCGGCUCGCCACUGGCCUCACCAAUGCUUCUGAGACAGAUUCUCAUUGCGUUAAUGCCAACGCUUCUGCGGCUCAAUGCGUCAGAGGUGACUGUGAAGGAGCGGACGGCAGCAGAAAGGUAUUUCCUGUCAGUCGCCCAGCUAGACAACCCUAUUGUCAAAGGGCUUGCAGAGUCAUGCAAAAUCUCAGAGCAUGUCGAGCGGCUGCGUGCCAUCCAUGGGAAUGUGGUCGGUGGUGAUGUGACUGAGCAUUCCCAAGCUUCGAGAUCAGCUCUUUUCAAUGCCUUAGUGGAGGUCACUCUGCGACCAGUAGGGGCUGCGAUCGUCGAGAAGCCUGUCACCAAAAAGAAGGUACCUCACACAAUGACAGUUGCGGAACUGAAAAGAUUGGCCCACCUUCUCUUCAAGCAGGUUCCGUUGGAUCGCCUAACGUUGACUUUAGCAGAUGAUGGUUUGCCCUUUGGGGUGCCGUUGGAUGAUGAAGUCCGAGAACUGGGUUUCUUUGGUAUUGGCGAUGGUGCGGAAAUCCGGGUGGAUGACCUUGCUGACAUACCAUGCAAGGGGUGA